CCCGCUCGGUGUCUUCGAGGGACAAUCGCGCGUUUACGGAAGCAGAGGCGCCCAAGACAUUCGCCUAUUAGAUCAUCAGUGAAACCAAGGACUAUCAAACCAUCCAUGGACUACCUUAACAAUGUCCCAGCUGAAGUGUGGGACUCUAUCUCCGACCAGCUGUAUGAUCCAGGAGACCUCCGCAACUUCGUUAGAGUCUGCAGGGCUUUCUGGGCUAGAAGACAUCGCACGCUCCUGGGGGUCAUCACCUGGGACGGCUUCCCCCAGCAGUCGAAUGACAUCAAGUUCCUCCAGGACCACCCCACCAUGAGCGCCUAUCCACGUUCACUCACCGUCAACGCACGUAUCUCGGGCUACCACGUCCGACAAGAAGACCAUGAGCCUAUUGAUUGGGAAGACUGGUUCGCGCGCGUGCAUCCCCCUCUCGCCGGACACAGUGACUCUAUCCGUCCCAGGACCAGCGAGAUGCCCGGCCCGUGCGGCUCAUUCAUUCAUUUGUGUGUCGAAUGGCGCGUUUUACAUACUAUGCACCCCUUCAUCGCUCUGCAACGACUUACAUUUCACGGGCUGCAGCUUACGGCGGCAGACCUCACCAUUACACUGCACUUCCCCAAUAUCCGUCGGCUGGAGGCCACCACCUGUCAAUUUCUCCCUAACAAUGCGGAUAGUUUCGACGACGGUGUCUGCUCACAUUCUCUACCCUUCCUCCUUCGCCUCCCUAUCACCCACCUGACUCUUCUGGAUCUGGAAGGCCCCUUGACCGACGAUGGCAUUCUCCUCGCGGAGAAUGAGCUCAACAAGGUUGCCGCGCUCGCUGCGUGUCCCACCUUACAACAUUUGCGCUUCGACGUUUCUUCUCGUGUUGCCUGCGUCGUCAAGGGCAGCCACUACCCUCCCUCCCCGCUCGCGAUGACCCUCAAUCCACCGGCGGGACUACUCACUGUCGAGGCACUGCUGCCACGGAAGGAUACGUACGAGCGGGAGACCGAGACGCGACAUGAGUACCGUAACCUCGAAGUCGUCUCGAGAGACCUCUCGAGCUUCGUGUCGCAAUGCACCGCGCUUGAUUCGCUGACCAUUCACGGGUAUAUGCCAGUAGGAUCCUUCUGUGUUGCGCCCCCCGAUUCGCUCCUGAACCUGGAGGUUCUUCGUGGCCCUGAGGCGGUUCUGCGGGCCAUCAACCCUAAGAACUCUUCUCUGCGCGUGCUUGAUGUGUACGAAGGGCUCUCGACGGCUCAGUCGAUCGUGCGCUGGCUGGAGGAACAAGGAAAUAUGGCUAAGGCGGACAAUAAUCGUUUAUGCGUUGAGGAAUUUCGCGUGUACACGGAUAGAUGGGAUGAAGAAGUUGUCGGCGUCUCCCAGGCGCACUUCGGCAAGAGCCUGAGAACGCUCGACGUACGAUAUCGGCUCGGUGGCCCGGACGAGGAUGCCCUUUUGAGCCUCGGGCCGCGCCUGCUCGUCGACUUCCCCGCGCUGGAGCGUGUGUACUUCUAUCGUGUCCUCCUCCCCCGCCCGAAGAAGACGCCAAGGCGCUACUGGCGCACCAUCCCCGUCGAACAUAUCGAAGAGCAGUCAUCAUAUGCGUAUGGAGAGGUGCAGGGAGGCGUCGAGGUAGAUAUGAGAGACGAAAGCAAGGGAUGUAUCCCUCUCAACACGGAUGUGGAUGCGGAAGGAGAUGAGAUGGAAGGAGUGGUGGUAAGGUUCUGGGGGAAGAAUUGUCCUAGACUUCGAGAGAUCGGGCUGAGGUUGGGGGUAGUGUGGAGACGCGAAGGAGAAAAAGGAGUGUGGAGGCGUGCGAGGUAUCGUUUCGAGGGAAGCAAGAGGGUGUUCGAUACUGAGGGGCAGGCGUGAAAGGG